CGAGACGUGUCAAAUCUAGUGCUGUUGCGGCGAUAAAACUUAAAACACCACGUAUUUCCACGCGAGCACUAUUUCCUGCAGGCCAUUAUCUGAUAAAAACGAUACGAGAAACGAUAAAAAAAAUCUCACAGUCGUAAACGCUCAGUUGUGGCUGUUAACGCAUAUGCGGGUCUAACAAAGGUUUUUUUUAAUUAAAAACUAUGCGUGUGGUAUAAGUGUGUGGUGAAUGAGGGUGGUUAUUGAGUUAGUAAGGAAAUUUCGCCGGAAAUUUAGGCUGAAAAUGAGUGGCGUGAACAAGGAAGCGCCGAUAGGCAUUCAGUGCCUUCAGCGUCUUUCUGGAUGGUGUUGUCCGAGGUUACAAAUCAACAGGCUAAGAUGCUACCAGAUCUUCGUCCUAAUCCUUACCUACUUCACAUACAUGACGUACCACCUGACCCGGAAACCAAUCUCCGUUGUCAAGAGUGUUCUGCAUCAAAACUGCUCAGGACUGGUUCCACCACCAGACGUGGACCCUAACGACGAGAAUUGGUGCAACUGGGCACCUUUCAAUACAACGGACGCCAACACGCUACUGGGCGCGUUGGAUUCAGCGUUCCUGUUCACGUACGCCGGCGCCAUGUUUGUUUCCGGAAUGGUAGCAGAGCGGGUGGACCUACGAUACUUCCUAUCUCUAGGGAUGUUGUUCUCGUCCGUAUUUUGCUACCUGUUCGGAAUUGGGAAGACGUACGGUAUACAUAACAUAUCAUACUAUUUACUUGUGCAGGCAGGGGCGGGAAUAUCACAGACUACAGGGUGGCCCGGGACGGUGGCCAUCGUUGGCAAAUGGUUCGGCAACAGCAAGAAGGGGCUCAUAUUCGGCAUUUGGAACUCUCACACCUCAUUAGGAAAUAUACUCGGGACGCUUAUAGCAGACCGGUUUGUAGAGCAAGACUGGGCGCUGUCCUUCAUCUACCCGGCUCUGGUAAUGGGUGUCGUCGGUUGCGUGAUAUUCCUGUUCCUGGCUCCGGAACCCAGGGUUGUGGGGAUCGUGCUGCCUGACCGAGUUCCGUCCAGCCGACAAUCGCGACGCUCUUCAGAAGAGGAUGGGCCUUCACAAGUCAUAGUUGGCGAUCAGGCGGCGAGCUUGCGCCCUAACCGGCACUCCGCCAAUAGUCAGCCCCAGGCCGAGCCAACGGAGUCCACAUCACUCCUUGGUUCUGCUCGCACCAACGGCACCCCGCCUGGUGCCGUCUCGCUCGCUCGCGCCCUUCGCAUCCCCGGCGUCGUUGAGUUCUCUCUGUCGCUUUUCUUUGCGAAACUCGUCAGUUACACCUUCCUGUACUGGCUGCCGCUCUAUAUCAAUACUUCUACAAAUCUGACGCCAACGCAGUCUGGCGACCUGAGCACUGCGUUUGACGUUGGCGGCAUCACGGGCGCCAUCUUGGCCGGGCUAGUCGCUGACUGUACCGGGUGUCCGGGGAUCGUGUGUGCCUGCUUUUAUGUCCUAUGCGCUCCUACGCUGAUGGCGUACCAAGCGUGGGGCGCUUCCUCGUACAUACUAAACGUGAGCCUCCUGCUGGCGGCUGGCGUGUUAGUGAACGGGCCCUAUGCGCUCAUCACUACUGCUGUAUCGGCGGAGCUCGGUACUCACAGCAGCCUGGCGGGCAACGCACAGGCGCUAGCGACCGUGGCGGCGAUUAUUGACGGCACCGGCAGUGUGGGUGCGGCGCUGGGCCCACUACUAGCUGGCGUGGUAUCAUCAGGCGGGGCCGCAUCGUGGCCACGAGUCUUCUACAUGCUGAUAGUGUGCGAUUGUCUCGCUCUGUUCCUUCUACUCAGGAUAGUUAAAGGCGAGCUGGUUCGAACGCGUCUCGAGCGACGUCUAGCAGCGUCGAGACAGACAAGGAUAGAGUGAACUUGACCACAGUAUAAUAAAGAGUACUAUCGUACAGUAUGGCCACACCUCGGACACUGGCGAUCAAAUAUAUGAAAGAGGACCGUUCCUAGCACACAGUCUAAGCUCGUGUAGGUGAA